AAAGGGUGAUCACCAUCCCCCUUUUAGGGAUUGGCUAACAGGCUUGAAGAAGCCAAGUGGCUUGCUCGAGGUCGCCCUCCUAGGAAGUGGCCGAGCCCGUCCUCGAGACCAGACCUGCCUCUUUGCAGUCACUGUGCUGCCCCAAACCCUUGCUUGGACACGUACUCCUGGUGAAGCCUGGGUGGGGUCGUUAGAGUCGGCCGGCCCAGCUCCUAGCCUCUCGUCAGUGGUAUGGGUAGCUUGCCACACUUAAUGCCACCCUGCACAGCCCUUUCGGCAUCCUGAGUGAGGUCUUAAGGAAAGAAAAGAAAGUUCCACCAACUUGCACUCAGGGUCUGAAAAUGGAGGAUAGAUAAGACAAAGUUACAUUAAUACAGCAUCAGGGCAUAAUCGAAAGCAAAGGAAAAUACAUUCAGUGUGGUUAGAGCUUGUUAGCCUCAUUUAGCCUAUGGUUUAAUAGACGUGGAAACAGGUUCAGAGACAUUAAGUAACUGUCUUACGUUUACAGAGUGUGGGUGGAGUGGGGAGUCGAACCUCCAUUUCUCUACCUUCAAAACGUAUGUGCUGUAUAUGCUACCAUUUCUUGUUUUCAAUCAGUUAUCUGAAUUUCUGGUUACAUGGUGGCAGCAUCCUGUAGACCAGUCGUUCUCAGCGCGCCCCAGGCCAGUAACAUCAGCAUCAACUGAGAAUAUUUUAGAAGUGCCCAUUCUUGGGCCCCACCUCAGACCGACUGAGUCAGAAACUGAAAGAGCGAGCAGCCGCAGUGUGGAAGAAUGGCAGUGAGCCACUCAGUGAAGGAGCGGACCAUCUCCGAGAACAGCCUGAUCAUCCUGCUGCAGGGCCUCCAGGGCCAGGUCACCACCGUGGACCUGCGGGAUGAGAGCAUGGCCCGCGGACGCAUAGACAACGUUGAUGCUUUCAUGAACAUCCGCCUGGCCCAGGUCACCUACACGGACCGUUGGGGGCAUCAGGUCGAGCUGGAUGACCUCUUUGUGACAGGCCGGAAUGUCCGUUACGUCCACAUCCCCGAUGAUGUGAACAUCACCGCGACCAUUGAGCAGCAGCUGCAGGUCAUCCAUCGGGUGCGCAACUUUGGCGGCAAGGGGAAAGGCCGGCGGGAAUUUCCCUCCAAGAACUAUAAGUGAGCCUGUCCCCUCAGCCAGCCCUGGUCCCCACUCAGGUUCCUCCAGAGUUCUACUGAGCCAAAGCCUGCUCUCCCUCCCCGCCCAGAGCCUGGGAAGGGAGGAGGGCCAGUCCAGAAGCUGGUGUCUGACAGACAUCACCUGUCACAGCUGCCUUUCACAGGGUCCCACUCCCAGACUCACCCUGGGACCCAGAAUUCUAGUUAUCUGUCUGUGGCCUUGGGGUAGAUGACAGUCCCCCCUUUGGAUAUUAUUUAUCUGAAUCUCUGAUUUACUGGUUUAGGGAAUGUGUCAAAUAGUUUUCAGCCCUCUCCCAGUGAGGAUUAUUAAAUGUGCUCGGCCUGAGCAUCCCCAC